AUGAAUGAACAUAAUUCCAAUAUGGAUAAUGAGGACAAUGGUCAACAAAAUAAUAAUAAUAAUAAUAAUAAUAAUGAAAAUAAUAUGAAUAAUUCCAGCAAUGGAACAAAUCGCAGUGGAAAUGCAAAUAGCCAUGGGCGACUUGAAGUACGCUUUUUAGUGUGUAGUCGUGAUGCUGGAGCUAUUAUUGGUAAAAAAGGUUCUAAUAUUCAAACACUUCGUCAGAAACAUAAAGUUAUUAUUCAAGUACCCGAUUGUAAUGGCCCAGAACGUGUUCUAACAAUUCAAGGUGAUUAUGAUUCCUGUUUAGCAGCUAUUAUUGACAUCUUACCAACCAUGAGAGAUAACCAACGUGUACAAAAUGAUCAAAGUGAAAUACGUUUACUCACACAUCAAAGUCAAGCCGGUGCAGUUAUUGGUAAAGGCGGUGAACGUGUUCGUGAACUUCGAUCAAAAUAUAAUGUUGGAAUGAAAGUUUUUGUUCAAUGUUUACCAUUUUCAACUGAACGUGUUGUUGCAUUACGCGGUCGUGCCGAUGAUAUUGAACGUUGCUUACGUGAAGUUUUUAGUAUUCUAGAACAAACACCACCACGUGGACAAACGUGUUUCUAUGAUCCAUUCAAUUUCGAUGAGAAUCUUUCAUCUGAAUAUGGUGGCUUUUCGGAAGCUCAACAUGGUAUGAUGAUGAAUCAGCCAGGCGGCAAUGGUCUACCUCCACUACAACAACAACAACAACAACCCCUACCGCCGCCAACUGGAUAUCGUGGUCCACGUGAUCAAGGUGGUUUUCAAGGUCCACCAUCUUUUAAUCAUCAUAAUAAUAAUAAUAAUUAUCCUAAUGGUCCCAAUAAUAAUUAUAAUCAAGGGCCACCUCCGCCACAAAUCCCUCGUCCAUUAAUAACUGGAGAUGAUUCAAAUUAUAAUUUACCUCAAACACAAACAAAUCAAGUUACUAUUCCAAAUCAUUUAGCCAGUUGUAUUAUAGGACAUCGUGGUACGAAAAUAGCUCAAAUACGUCAAACGUCAGGAGCUAUGAUACGUAUUGAUGAUCCAGCACCAGGUUCGAACGAUCGAGUUAUUACAAUACAAGGUACAGCGACUCAAAUCAGUCAAGCCCAAUAUUAUCUUCAAAUGGCUGUUAAAGAGUCAGGACUAUGGAAUGGAAAUUAA